GCUGACCCACUCUCGUUCAGAGCGGUUCGCAUUCGCGUGUCGCACGUUAACCAUUGUGUUGUUAAUUAACUUCGUGGAUUUCGGUUAAUUUUUACUUUCGCUGCCCCAAAACUGCGCCUAAUCAAAGCGUAGGGCUGUGAAAUCUGUUGCAAUCUGUUUUCAUUCGCUGCAUAAAAUGGCUGUGCGUUUCAUGGAUAUGUUAAAACUCACCUUUAAGGUGUUGAGUUUUAAGUAUGAGCAGCGUCGCCUGACUACUCACAUUUUUUCGGUGGUUAAAACCAUGUUGGGCAAUGUGCGAGGCGUGAAGAGGAACACAAUUUGGGGCGGCAGUUAUUACAGCUUUGAGAAAAUACCCUUUGCGAAGCCGCCGCUGGGUGAGUUGCGUUUCAAGGCACCGGAGCCGGUGGAGCCUUGGGAACGUGAACUGGACUGCACCUCUCCGGGCGAGAAACCGAUGCAAACACAUCCAUUCUUUCGCAAAUUCACUGGCUCCGAGGAUUGUUUGUACCUGAAUGUCUAUGCGAAGGAUCUGCAACCGGAGAAACCGCGUCCAGUCAUGGUCUGGAUUUAUGGCGGUGGCUUUCAGGUGGGCGAAGCGUCCCGUGAUAUGUACAGUCCGGACUUUUUUAUGUCCAAGGAUGUGGUGAUUGUGACCAUUGCGUAUCGUCUGGGCGCCUUGGGCUUUCUCAGUCUGGAUGAUCCGGAGCUCAAUGUGCCCGGCAAUGCGGGUUUAAAGGACCAAAUUAUGGGCCUGCGUUGGGUGCAACAGAAUAUCGAAGCUUUUGGCGGCGAUCCCAAUAAUGUCACACUCUUUGGCGAAAGCGCUGGCGGCGCAUCCACACAUCUGCUCACGUUGAGUCCCCAGACGGAGGGUUUGCUGCACAAGGCGAUUAUAAUGUCGGGCAGUGCAUUGUGUCCAUGGGCACAGCCGCCGAAAAACAAUUGGGCCUAUCGCCUGGCACAGAAACUGGGCUUCACGGGCGCCAACAAGGACAAGGAGAUCUUCAAGUUCCUGAGCGAGGCCAAGGGAGGUGAUAUUGUCAAGGCCGCAUCACUGGUGCUCGACAAGGAGGAGAAACACAAUCGCGUGCUGUUCGCCUUUGGUCCCGUCGUCGAACCCUAUAAAACCGAGCACACGGUCAUCGCCCAGCCACCCUAUCAGCUGAUGCAGCAGACCUGGAGCCGACGUGUGCCCAUGAUGUUCGGUGGCACCAGCUUUGAGGGUCUACUCUUCUAUCCAGAGGUUGUUCGACGUCCUGCCACGCUGGAUGAGGUGGGCACCUGCAAAAACUUGCUUCCAAUCGAUCUGGGCGACAAUUUGGAUCCCAAGCUGCGGGAGAAUUACAGCCUGCAGCUGAAGCGUGCCUACUUUGGGGACGAGUCCUGCAAUCAGGCGAAUAUGAUGAAAUUCCUUGAGCUUGAAUCGUAUCGCGAGUUCUGGCAUCCCAUUUAUCGCACUGCAUUAUCCCGACUGCGCGAUGGCAACGCUCCCACCUAUUUGUAUCGUUUCGAUCACGACUCGAAGCUGUGCAAUGGCAUACGCAUUGUGCUUUGUGGCAACGAUAUGCGUGGCGUCUGUCAUGGCGAUGAUCUCUGCUACAUCUUUCACAGCAUGAUGUGCACCCAGUCUGCGCCCGGUUCACCGGAGCACAAGAUCAUCACUGGCAUGAUUGACAUAUGGACGCACUUUGCGGCCAGCGGGGAUCCCAACUGCGAUAGCAUCAAGACACUCAAAUUUGCACCUUUGGAGAGUGAGACGAGUGUUCAGUGCCUCAAUAUCGGGCAGGACUUUGAGCUGAAACCACUGCCCGAACUAGAGAAACUGCCGUUGUGGGACAGCUUCUAUGCAAGGAAUAUACUUUAAGCUAGACUAGAUCUGGGUUCAAUUGGUUUUAUAGCUUUUAGCUUUAACACAUUUUACUCUUUCAUUGCAUAUAAAUAUCCCGUAUAUGUCUAAUUUGUUUCGAGUAUUUUGUAUGGCUAAACUUAUGAUAAGAAUUUUAUUUAUUAUUACUACGAACUGUGCGCAGUUCAUUAUUGCUUUAAGGUUGGCUAAUUUGCAAUUAAAUUCAAAAGAAAACUUGUAUAAUAAACUAAAUGCUAUCAAUAAAUUUAAAAUCUUUUGUAUUACAAGUUUAGAAUACUUACUUAUUUGGCUCCAAUUUAUUUAAACUACCAACACAGCCUACAAACCAAAAACACUAAAGGUGGUCAAAACAUACACAAAAUACUUUAUAUAAAUAUGUAUAAAAACUUUGGGGGUGUAAAAUAUGGUUAUGGAUAUAAUUACUCUUUGGCUGGCGGUCACCCGUUCAUUAAGCGACUUCUUUUCUAAUCCAAAAGUUGUAAAUGUGUUUAUAAGCUCUGUUAAGUUUAAAAUUAUAUGUUUUUCAAAUAAAAUUUUCUUUUU